CACUCCGCUAAAGGGAUUGACAGUCGUGGGAGCGCCUAAGGGUUGCCAAUAAAAAAAAAAGUGAAUUCAUAAGUGGCGACCAGCGAGGCUGGUCGCUCCGUUUAAUUGUUUCACCCUCGUACGUACCGUUGAUCAUCCGGUCCGAUCAGCCAUGCAAAAUUAUGGCCACGAGGAUUAUAACUACGACGGAGAGGCACCAGCUUCCGAGGGCGGUGGAAGAUCUCUUCCUCAAGUACCUGGGGUAAGACCCUUGGUGAAUCCUCAGGCGGAGGGUGAAGUUGAUCCCAACUUAUAUCCGGAAGCCAAGGAGGCGACUAACAAAAUCCGUGGUAAGAGCGACUUCCUGGAGUAUCUCUUCGGCACGGUCGAUCAGGAACUUCUCACCGUCAAGACCUUCUACUUCUUCUUCUAUUCGGCCUUCGGAUCCCUUUUUCCUCUUAUGGGAGUGUACUUCAAGCAGAUGGGUAUGAAUGCUGGACAGUGUGGACUCCUUAUCGGACUCAGACCCUUCAUCGAGUUUCUCAGUGCUCCCUUCUGGGGUUCACUAGCUGACAGAUGGCAAAAGGGCAAGCUUAUUCUUCUGGCUUCGCUAUCCUGCUGGAUCAUCUUCACCUUGCCUUUGGGAUUCAUUCAGCCACCUCCGAUCAACUGCAUGACCUAUAUGGAUAACGGAUGCUACUUGAAGGUACCUGAUCAAGAACAGAGGAUAGAAAAGAGAUCCGUGGAUCUGGAUGAAUUCUAUCAACCUCAAGAAGAUGCGGAGUACCUGGAAGUGGCAGCGAAUGUCGUCUUCGAGAGAUUAAGGAGGAGCACCGAUGACAACGAGAUCCUUGAACAGGAUAUGUCUGCCGCUGAAGAACCCGUGCGUUCCUCUUACGAUCUGAUAGGUAACGAGGUCAAGGAGUCCGUUGUGGAUCCUAUUGGAAACGGUGCCAAAAAUUCCUACGACCUCGUGUCCAAUCGUGUCAGAAGGCAAGCAACUUCAGAGGGUUCUGACGGAAGCUUGAGUUACCAGCAGCUUGUCUUUGGCGAAAAACCCAAAGAUACAACUGGUCCUGGAGUUGAUUUCGAAGCCAUGGGACAGGUCAAUCGUCCAGCGGAUAUUCUGGAGUACAAGCGGUUCCUUAAGAACGAACCUGUAAAUGAUGGCAGAGGACCAAAAAAAGCUUACACCAUUGUAAAAACAAGAGCAAAACCAGCACCUCCAAAGAUUAUGGUCAAACGUGAUGUUGCUAGUAGCGAAAACGACUUCCUGCAGGAUCAUCGUUAUCAAAAGCCAUCUGGUAUGAAUCAUCUGAGGAAGCUCAUGCUGGUGGAAGAAAAUGAUGAUCUCAGGGAUAAGGCUGCGUUGCAUACGAGGUCACGUCGAAGUGUGAAGUGCUCGUGUGCUUCGAUGAAAAAGAGUCCUUGUCCUGUCACAUACGCUUUCAAUUACAACGAGAAGGAGAACAGUGGCUGGGUCAAGCCUCGCUUCAGUUCAAUUGUUUACAGAUUACCUGAUAUCCAAAAAACUUUCUUCCUUCUGCUUCUGCUUGUUAUCGUUGGUGAAUUCUUUGCGGCUCCUGCUAUCACCUUGGCAGACUCCGCUGUCAUUACUCUGUUGGGUGAAGAUGCUGACAGAUACGGACACCAGCGUAUGUUUGGAAGUCUCGGUUGGGGACUGGCCAUGUUUUUCGUGGGUAUUGCUUUGGAUCAUAGCACUGCGUUUCCGGAUCAUCCAUGUGGGCCGGAUACUAAGGAAAAAAAUUAUACAAUUUGUUUUGCCAUCUUUAGCGUCCUCAUGGGGGCUGCUCUAAUUACAGCUACUCAGAUAAAUUUCAAAUACGACUUUGUAGCUGCAGAACCGGAAAUCGCGAAGGUACCGACUGAACCCACGAGAGAGGAGCAAUUGCAGAGUCAAUUGUCGCAGCAGCUGAAUCUUCCUGGUCUUCAAGAUUCUUCAGCGAACAUCGAUCCAAAGCCACAGCCACCGGAAGGGAAGACUAAGAUGUUCGCACAGACCACUAAAGAGAUUCCGGAAUGGGUGACCGUUUUGAAGCAGUUCAAAAACGUGAAGUGCGCUUCCUUCCUCUUCGUCGCCUGGUUCAUGGGUUUCGGAAUUGGUCUCAUCUUCACCUUUCUCUUUUGGCAUCUCCAGGAUCACGGCGGUUCGCCAACCCUCUUUGGUGUUGCGUCCGUAAUCAAUCACAUUUCCGAGAUCUUCGCGUACUUCUUUAGCUUCAAGCUAAUCCGUCAAAUCGGUCACGUCAAGGUCCUUUGCCUUGGUCUCGGUGGCAAUAUCCUGCGUUUUCUCUAUAUCUCCUGGCUGGAAAGUCCCUGGUGGGUUCUGCCCUUUGAGUUCAUCCAAGGCAUCACUCACGCAGCUGUCUGGGCAGCUUGCUGCAGCUACAUCGCUCACAAUACACCACCCCAACUGAGGUCCAGCGCCCAAGGUGUUCUGCAAGGUCUUCAUCAUGGACUUGGACGUGGUUGCGGAGCGGUGAUUGGAGGAAUGUUCGUCGCCAGUUACGGAACUGUCGUGACGUUCCAAGCAUACGGCCUCAUUUGCGCAGUCGUCCUGGCCGCCUUUAUCUUCAUCAACUUCUAUCGUAAGGACACUGGAUUCGUAUCAGAAUUACCACAGACGGAGGAUCCUCACCAGAUUGCCGAAGCGACGCAUCUAGCACCUCACGGAGUCCCCAGUAACGCAAUUCCACGUGCAUUGAGUUCAAGUCGUCUUCACGAGCUCGCCAAUCAGGAGCCUGGUUACGGUGCCACGUAUCAGACCACUGGUGGAAACUUGGACAUUCCAGGAGGUAACGGAGGAGGCACCAACCCUAAUAAUCCAUUCCUAAGCGGUGGCGGCGGCAGUGGAGGUGGUGGCGGUUUCAAUUAUGGCGUCACUGGGAAAGGGGAGGACGAGUUCAUCCGCAGAAGUUUCCAGACUUACAGUGAAGUGGUGGGCACCGAGUUCGACCUGGUGAAACCUCCUCCUGUGGUCACGCACCUGCACGCCCAGCAACCAUGCACGAAUCCCUUUCAUCAGCACGACUACGACUGGUAACGGCGCUCCAUCAAGAGGAUACUCUAACCUUUAAAUUUUGAAAAUCACUAUUAUCCAUUCGGGACACUCGGCCUGGGAAGUUCGAAGUUCAGAAUGGAGGAGAUUAAAAAAUGAAAGUAGCGAUCGAAUGUCAGUCAUGAUGCGUAUAAAGAAAAUUUGAAAAAAAAAGUUAAAAGAAAACGUGAUAAGGUAAAAUACUCAAGUAUCCGGUAACGAAAUAACGAAGUUAAAGCCAUCCGAUAAUACCAAUAGAAAAAUAAAGUUUAUCUCUCUGACGAUAACAGAUAAAUACAAGAACACAAGCCAAUAGUUCAACAGAUGUAAGACUUGAUAUUAAACAAAAAGAAAGUCGCGCUCGAUUAUACCGACGUUUAGCCGAGCAAGAAUGAAGAAUUAAAAUAAUUACUUUCUACGUACAGAUAAAGUUCGUAAAGGUAACAAUGAGAAUUGAAGAUGCAGCUUGACGUUCCUCCUUUUUAUCGACGAAGACGGGAGAAAUGAUAGAAAAGAUAUAUCCACGGGCAGCGUAAAUCCCGAGUUAAAUUCUCUAUGACGUACGAAAAGCAUAAUGCGUCGGCAAGUAAACGAGAUAAGCUUAGAUCACAUUGAACAAGGAAGAACAAAAGGGAUGUGAAGGAUGGAACUAUGUAUGUAUUUUGAAUUUACCGCUUGAAUCGUGAAUCCGCGCGAUAACCAAUCAGAGGUGAGAAUAUUGCGCAAGAAUGUUAUACAUAACAAUUAAGUGUCCACGUUCAUGAAUUCUGUAAAUAUUCCUUCAAGUUUUCAAUCAUCCCUCGUUCUUCUCGUUGAGUUCCUAGUUGAAUGUUCGUUGUGAAUACACCGUUAUAACCUCUCUUAAGUAGACUUGAAAACCCGUCAAUAGUUUUACCAAUCUAUGGUUUUACCAUGAAGUUCUGUCGUAAUACGUGUAUUAUAUCGUUAAUGGCGUAAAUAGGAAAAUGACCGUCCACAUUCGAUCGCCCUCUCGAUCCUUCUGUAACAGCAGUGCUUACCUAUUAAUCCACGAGACGAAUUUCCAUGAGUUUCCUGAUCAUUCUCUUUUCUCAUGAUCCACCAUCCCCACUAACUUCCUUGCUGGAGAGGCGACUGGGAGUCGAAGGUCGACGUGUCAAUUUCCUGCGGCACAAGAUGAAUGCUAGAAAAUUACGUGCUAUCGAAGUUAACCUAAUCUCUAAGGAUAAUCGCAGAUAACUUGUAAACAGUAAACGUAAGGGGAUACGAUAAUGUGAAACUGUGUGUGUACGAUUGAAUAUACGCCACGAUGUUAAGGACUAUUAUCAUUAUUUUAAGAAUCGAAGGAUCAACAAGUUUGAGAAAAUACUUACCACGCACUGACGAUGAUCGUCUAAAACCUAUUGAAAUUCUCAUAAAUCCUCAAGGGUUCUGCGUUAGGAUCCAUCAAGCCUUAACCGAACGUUCGUAAAACAAUCCCCAAUUGACCCAGGAUGAUUUCACCCCAUGGAUAGCCUGGAUUCUGCUGUCAUAAUUCCUCAAAACAUUCCUGGCGUUAUCAAUAACGAUUUCAAGGAACGAUAGUAAGAUUUACUAAUUUCUUACUUCAAACAAGGAGACCAGGAUGGGGUGUGUGGAGGGGAUUGAAGACAAGGCGUCGCGACGUUCGCCAAAUCUUUACAUAUCAGAUAGGUUAAGAUGCCUUAGGUCUUACCAAACUUGAACUAGUGCUGCUCGUACUUCACGCUUGAGACCGGAAGUUGCUUGAUCUGGUUCAAUCUCAUCUGAUACAACAAAAACUUAUCAGUCACAGUGGGAAGAAACAGGUGUGCGUGAAGUACGUAAUUUACUUGUUCGAUAUAUAGGGAGUAGUGGAGUCCUUUAGAUUAUUAACGAGCGAGAAAAAUCCAUCGUCAUAUGUACACUACUCAAAUACAAUAGAUCAUAUAAUAUUUACUAUAUAUAUAUAAUACAAAAAAAAAUGAAAACGCAUCAACUGAACGGGACUCACCCGUUUGGGUACAGUUAAGAUUGUCGUUUGGAGAACAUCCCGGAACCUUCACAAUAAGAUGAUCCGGUCAGUUGAUGAUUUCUGGGAGCGGAAGGAGAGCGCAGGAACGGAAGUACAGGAAUUCCGAUCCAUCGAACCGGGAAGGAUUUUCGGAUGACAGUCUUCAACGUUGCUAGUAAAUAACGGUUUAUUAUUAGUAUCGUCGAACAGAUUGGUUUUUUCUUUUUCAUCCUUUUUAAUGGUUCCUGCGCAAACUUUAUAACUAGAGGCACUAGUCAAGCUUAAUCUUCAGCGAGCCUAUGUAUUCUCAAUACUGUUAUGAUCCACGAGGAUCCAGUGACUUUACAUGGAUCAACAUCCACGAGAUAAAUCACUGUUCUACGCUUCUUAAAAUAAGUGAAUUGAAAUCGACUAUCGCUAGGCGGUUAAUAACAAUUAACUUUUUCACCACUUUGUUUAUUCGUCGGUUUUUAAACAUUUUUCUCUCUCUCUCUCUCUCUCGUCAGAACUUUACGUGGGGCAGUAUUAUUACUCUCUCUAAGUGCGCGGGUAAAUAUUUCCCCUCGAUCGGCCGUCAGGAGCGUAGCCCUUGCUAAAAGACCCAAGCCUUGAAAAUUCUCAGCACGGGUUUUUUCUGCUGGUGUAUAUGUACCAUGGGGGAUAGAUUCCAACUCCUUCACCCUUCACUACCGACAAGGUAGGCAGCAAGUCGACUGCCGAUCCUAUAUGACAAGGGUACAUUUGUAAAGGCGCAUUUUUACCCCUACAGAGCCGUAGGUGGACACACAGACCACAUAGAGAGAGGCUGCUGUACCUUCGUUCCAAAGAUAAUAAACUGUCUUUCUAUAGGUCUUCAUUGAUCUCUACGACCCACGAUAUCUAGAAUCGACCAAGCGGUGCGUUAUGGAUGUACACGCGUCCAAGCGAUGUACGCUUCUUUUAUAGUAAUAAUGAUAACAAUAACAAAUGGAAUACUCGAAGAAAAAGAAAUGCCGGAGUAACAAUUAAUUGUUAUAAGCUGUCUUAAAAUAUUUGGAGGCUGUAAAUCGUAUUAGCUGCCGUCUUCUUUGAACCUAUUAAAAUUGGAUAACGAAAGAUA